CCUGGGAUAGAUAUGCAAUUUUCUCUCGGACACAGAUCCAGCUCUCCCCAAUCCCCAUCUCUCCACGGCCGACACAACAUCUUGGCGGCCUCACCGGACGCGCAGCGCCGCCGCCUCCCCCGGCCUCCACCGCCUACCCCGGCCGCCUACGCCUUGCCCGGCCGGCUCGCAUCCCCCACCACCGCCAACUCCCCGGCCGCAGCCGCCGCCGCCUCCCCGACCGCCUCCGCAUCCUCCGGCCGGCUCGCCUCCCCCGCCGCCGCGGCCUCCCCCUGCCGCUCCGCCACUGCCGCUUCUCUUCUCCCCCAGCUCGCCUCCACUGCCCCCCACCGUGGGGGCUGUUGGGCAAGACCCUGACCGCGGCGCCAUCCGGCGAUAGCCAUCAUCCUGCCUGGCCGACAGCCAGCGACCGCGAGCAGGAGAAGCAGGACGAAGACCUGGAAAUGGCGAGCACGGCAUGCUUUGUGAUCGUGAGUAAAAAUGAUAUUCCUAUCUACGAGGCUGAAGUUGGAUCUGCUCCCAAAAGAGAAGAUCAAGCUUAUCAGCACCAGUUCAUAUUGCAUGCUGCAUUAGAUGUUGUUCAGGACCUUGCGUGGGCUACGAGCACAAUGUUUCUGAAGUCAGUUGACAGAUUCGAUGAUCUUGUGGUGUCUGUUUAUGUAACUGCUGGUCAUACUAGAUUUAUGUUGCUUCAUGACUCAAGGAGUGAGGAUGGAAUAAAAAGUUUCUUCCAGGAGGUUCACGAACUCUACAUCAAGAUCUUCCUCAAUCCACUCUACUUACCUGGUUCUCGCAUCACAUCCUCUCAUUUUGAUACCAAGGUCAGGGCUCUUGCAAGGAAAUACCUGUAGCAUAUAGUCAGGUGAAGACUCUGUAAGCAUACGCCGUGUGUUGUAGUGAGUAGCACUUGCCCUCUACUAGUUGUUCUACAAUUGAAUGAAAGUAGAUCCUGAGACCACCUACUAUUUUGCUACUGAAUGAACAUAGAUCCUCUAAUGAUCUUGUACCCAAAAAGUUUGCUUCUUUGUUUGUUUUUUCCUGAGUCAGUAGACGCAUGAUUCUUCUUUGUUUUUUGCACAUUGGUACUGUACUGUUGUACCAUGAUACUGUAGUUUCUGUAGUUAUAGU